GUUUCAACCGGACCUUCUCGGAGCCCCCUGCGUGGCCGAGGGAGAGACUGUCAAAGUUCGUCCUAGUGGAGCCCUCCGAGCCUCGCCCAGCGCUGUGGCUCCAAUUUGCAUUCCCAGAUUUGGAGACCAAGUUUUUGAGCAAACCACUCAGCUACAUCAGCUAUAUCAUCAAGUAUACGGGCGUGUCUUCUCUCCAGAGCUAUCUCAAGAAGGAAGGCUUGAUCCAAGACCUCUCAUCGGCAGACUCCUCGACCAGUGCCGGGACGCGCUUCUUCGUGGCUAUGUAUCUGACCACCAAAGGUGCCAACAGCAUGGAGCACGUCAUGGACAUCUUCUUCCAGUACCUUGCAAGGAUGAAGCAUGCAGGUGUGGAUUCGCAGCUGUACAGCUCGCUGGCAGACUUGUCACGGCUCCAGUUCAACUGGACUCAGCCCGAUGCACCGGGAGAUGCAGCCAAAGACUACGCUGAACGGAUGCUACGGCUGCCUCCCCGCAUGCUGAUUGCAGGAGACACCAGGAUAGAUAACACCGAUCCGGAGCUCGUGCGUCGCCUUAUCGACAUGCUGACGCCGCAGAACCUAAUUUUAGCUUAUGUUCCGUCAUCGAAGACCAACGCCACGUUUGAAGAAGGCUCUCAGGUGUUUGAGGACAAGAACAUGAAGCUGAAAUAUGCAGUGUCGGAGCUGCAGCA